AUACUUUCUCUCUCUAAACCAUAUUCUCUUAGCUCUUGCUCGUACCCGAGAGAGCGUGGACACGUCAAAAUCCAUACCGCCCUUUUCUCUCUCUCGCUCUCCGCUUUUUUUAUUCCGCCACUUUCCGGCCAAAGCAGCGGCGAGGAAAUGCGUACUUCGGAAGCUUUCGCGGUGGCGAUGGUGGUGCUCUGCCUGUGGAGUACGAAAGAGGUGGCGGUGGUCUGUGGGGCAAGCUGGUGUAUAGCGAGGAGCAACGGGGGGGAGCAGGCUUUGCAGGCUGCUCUGGACUACGCUUGUGGUAUGGGUGCGGACUGUGCUCCAAUACAGCCCAAUGGCCUCUGUUAUUUGCCCAAUACGAUGCAGGCUCAUGCUUCAUAUGCAAUGAAUAGUUAUUACCAGAGGAAGGGAAAUGCUCCCGGGUCUUGUGAUUUUGGGGGAAAUGCGGUGGUCGCCAUGACUGACCCAAGUUAUGGAUCAUGUGUUUACCCCUCUUCUGCUAGCACCGCCGGAGGGUCAUCUGUGCCGCCCCCACCGCCCGGAACAGGCACAGGAACAUCUCCAUUUUUUAACCCCCCUCCGGCCACUGGAGGAACAGGAACAGGGAUUGGAGGAGGAGGGAUUGGGGGAGGUGGCCUCAACAACCCGGCCUUUGGCCCUCCCUCUGAUGCAUCGCCACCACGAUCUUCUGCUCUACUCUAUUGCACCUCUCUUUCUCUCCUCGUCCUUAUCUCUCUACUCAACUGGAUUUGAAAUGAGCUCCUCUUUCUCUCUCUAUAGUACAGACAAAUCUCCCAAUUUUGGCUCUGAAGUUUGUGGGGACUUGUCUCUUAGCUUUUGGAUUUGGAUUGUGGUGGUUGGAUUAUAUGAGGGGCACAGGCGUUUGUAUUUUUGACAGGAAUUGGAAAGGGUUGCAUGACUGCAAAUGUGAAUGAAAUUAUUGUACUUAUAGCC